AUGGUUGUGAUAUCUAAGUCUGAAAAUGGACUUGCUCAUGUCAUUUCUCCUAAGGCUUCUUGUUCACCAAUAAGAGACAAAAGAUUAACAAUGGAACCGUCAAAAGAGUUUAUGUUCAAGUACAAAGGGUUUUACUUCAGUGUAAAUACUUCAGUCGAGCACGUAGCUUCUCUGGAGAAUUUUGAAAUCAAAGACAGUGACAUAUUUAUAGCUACUUAUCCCAAAUCAGGAACUGUGUGGACUCAGAACAUUUUGAGCUUAAUACUUCAUGAAGGCCACCGAAAUGGAACAGAAGAUAUGGAGCUCAUGGACAGAAUCCCAUGGCUGGAAUACAAUAUAAAAAAUAAGGAUUUUGCAAGUCUUCCUUUGCCUCGUGUUUUUGCCACCCACCUGCCUUACUACUUACUUCCAAGAGACCUGCGAAACAAAAGAGGACAUAUUAUUUAUGUUACCAGGAACCCCAAGGAUGUGUUGGUUUCUUACUACCACUUUUCCAAAUUCAUCACCACACUAGAGGAAGUUCCAGAUUUUAACAUUUUCAUGGAGAGGUUUUUAGCUGGCAAAGUGCUCGCCAGUUCUUGGUUCGAUCACGUUGUGGGCUGGUAUGGCCAUGCGGAGGAUUUCAAUAUACUCUUCCUUACCUAUGAAGAUAUGAAAAAGGAUCUCAGAAGUGCUGUGCUGAAGAUCUGCAACUUCCUAGGCAAGAAUCUGAGUGAAGAGGAAAUAGAAAGCGUUGUGAGACAGGCUACUUUUGAGAACAUGAAGAAAGAUCCCAGGGCAAACUACGAGAACCUGCCAGAUGACAUCGCAGACAAAAAAAAGGGUAGAUUUCUACGAAAAGGCACUGUUGGAGACUGGAAAAAUAUGAUGACAGUGGCGCAGAGUGAAAGAUUUGAUGAAGUACUUAAUGAGAAAAUUAAGACCCUGCCCAUCAAAAUCACCUGGGAUAUUAACAAUGAAAUGUAGGCUGGUUUUGAGUCUCAUCAUCCUUUGGAGUUUACAGUGGAUGGAUGUACCUGAAGUUCUAGAAAAACAAAAUACAUCAAUUUUCAGUAUGUUACUCAAUUCUGUGUUAUAGAAAUAACACUGUAACAGCUCAUUCAGAAAACUUGACUUGUCUGAGAGCUAUUCAAUUUCAUCAGUUUCCUGUUUGUAAUUUUAUAAGAUUUUUCAGUUAUUUUUCAAAGUAAACUGUGAGUUCCUUUCUUUGUGUUUGCUUUUACAUUCACUGACUUUAAUAAUACCUAAGUUGUAGAAAGCCAAGUGAAAAUAGAUUGGUGUUAAAGAUAGUUUAAAAAUUUUAUGGAAGUGUUUCUACUUGUGAAUUUCUUGAGGCUUCUUUUGGUAGAACUUUAAAUGUCUGGACUGGAAAUAAAACAUUGACCGUCUGUGCUAUAAUUCUGGUUUCGUAUGUUUGAGUUUCUAUUAGCUUGGUAAACACAAAUACUCAACUCUUAGCUAUUAAACUGGCCUUUGUAUUGCAUUCCCUUUCAGCACAGCCUUACUCAAGAGGGCAGAAGGAAGGAUCAUGAUCUCAGGAAGAAACGUUUUGUUCCAACAUUUUUUUUUUUUUUAUGUUUUUUUUUCCAGACACCAACUGCACUCACUGGUACCAAAAACCAGCUUGCUCUUCUCAUUUUCAAUCCAUCUGCUUUAGCCUUCUGACACGUUCUACCUGCUUUUUGCUGGACAGAAUUUUUUCAUGCACAGCAUGCUCUUGGCUCCUUCAGUUUAACACAGGUUACCUCGUAUUAUUAGCUUACAAGUAGUUUUUUAUAUACCCCCAAUGGUACUGUUAGAUCAUCUUUUCUCCUGGAACUUCACGUCACCAAUACCAAGAAAACUUACAACAAAACCCCGUGAUUUACAAAAUUGCUACACCCCCUGGUAUACAAAUUUGAACUUCAGACAUGGGGACUGGUGAUUUUUUCCACCUGUACAUAUUUACCCUGGCCACAGAAAACAUAAAACGAGUUCAAAGUCAGAAGACUAACGUGGGCCUUCUGAUGAGCUUACCUUCAGUACAAAUAAAGCCAGGUACAAGCUGGACCUUGAUCUUCUACUCUUUUUCCAAUGGUAGAAUAUACCAAAAAGUCCCAUUGUAGUAAUAAAAAGCCACCUACCCCUCAUACCACCCACACAGUGUGCCACAGCCCACUGAUACCAGCUACCUCUAUCAGCUGGCAGAUUUCACUAGCAUUCAGUGCUAAAAGGAAAAUCAUGUUCAUGGCAAUAAAUGCACCUAUGUGAAAGAAUUAAACCUGUGAAGUCUCUCCUCUGUCUUCUAAUUGGAGCAAAGUUGCAACGCGCUGACAGGAUAAUAAAAAAAAUAAAACAAAAAACCUAUCAGAUUUUGCAAUAAGAGAGCACAGGUAUGUGUCUGCUCUUUCUCUCAGGAUUCAGGCUAUCUGCAGAUUGGAUCCUGGAACAGUCUACUAUCUGGUCCAAGAAACUUUGGACUUACUUCAGCAACCACACAGUUAAAACUGGAGGUACUUAGGACACAUCUUAUCCUGAUGGUUAAAAGCAGAAAGACUGAAGUUGAAUCUCCCCGGGGAACUG